CAUAGGCGCGGCGGGAGGGCAGACGGCCGGGCGGCUGUGGCCAGCGACUGCAGAACCCUACCCUCCCGGCCGCGCCGCGGAACCUACGGGCCGGGGUCGCCAUGGCCGGCGAGAUUGAGGAUAUGAGCGGGCGGGAGGCACAGAGCGUCUGCGAGGCCCUCGGGCGCUAUGAGGAUACGCUGCGCGGCGCCGUCCGAGAGAUUCACGUAGACAUCCAGGCGUUCAAGGAGGGGGUCGGGCGGCAGGUGGAGGAGGUGUUGCGCCUCGCCAGCCCCCUGGCACACACCGUCUCGGAGCUGCAGCAGGAGAACCGGCGCCUGCGGGCGCAACUUGAGCGCCUGUUCCGGCAGGUGGAGGCCCUGGGCCGGUCGGCGGGGCUGCCGCAGGAGUGGGCGGAUGAGGCGGCGGGGAGCGCCUCGGCCGCAGGGCCCGGCUCUCCGAGGAAGGGUUCGGCCGGCGGCAGGUUCGCCAGCAAUGCCAAGUUAGCCGUCGCUGGCCGGAGCCAAAGUGUAGACCUGGAUGACCACCACAAACCUGCGUUUAGAAGAUUUUUUAGUUCUUCCAUCAUUGAAAAUGGGCAUCAGUCUUCAACAGAUCAGGCAAAAGCCUCCCAUGAACUGACCUCUUUUCACAUGUCAGACUCUUCCCCUGAAGCCCAUGCCCCUGCAGUCACCUUACAGAUGCCCCACCUUCCCGUUACUGCGGUAACAAGGAUUUCAGAGAAGUAUUCAGGAGAGACCAUCUAUUCAACAGGAACAAGUAAUGCACCUGCUGACCUGCUGGGACAGAGCAAGAGCAAAAAUGCGAUGGUAGUGAAACCUUCUGACCAGUCAGUGAGGGCCUGGAAUUCAAGUAUGGUGAGAACAACAGGUUCAUCUGCCACUAGAGAGAAUACCAAGUCUGUCUCAACUGAGAGCUAUGGGGCGAGCUGUGGAACAAAAACUGCUGAAAGUGCCAUUGACAGCUCCUGUGACAUGACCCCCAGCUCUCGCUCCUCUCCUCCCGCUGUACAUCGCCAAGUGGAAAAAAGACGAGAACUGGUGCGGUCCCAGACUCUGCCAUGGAUUACGGGAACACAAGCCAGAAAAGCACUUUUUGGGAAAUUUGAACACGAUGGUGGAAAAGGAAAAGGAGAAUCCAGAGCAAAGCUGAAGAGGUCGCAGAGUUUUGGGGUUGCCAGCGCUAGCAGCAUUAAACAAAUUCUGUUAGACUGGUGUCGUUCAAAAACCAUAGGAUACAAGCACAUUGAUCUCCAGAACUUCUCCUCAAGCUGGAAUGAUGGAAUGGCAUUCUGUGCUCUUGUGCACUCUUUCUUUCCUGAAGCUUUUGAUUAUAAUAAGCUUGACCCAGCUAAUUGCAAGCAGAACUUUGAGCUGGCUUUCACCAUGGCUGAGAAAAUGGCUCACUGCGAUCGUUUGAUAGAAGUGGAUGACAUGAUGAUGAUGGGUCACAAGCCAGAUCCCAUGUGUGUUUUCACCUAUGUCCAGUCUCUAUACAAUCAUCUACGACACUUUGAAUAAAACCACUGACACCUCUCCAGCCAGAAGAACCAAGUAGAGUAUGCUAACAGGAAGAAUGACAUUUUGCAAGUGGAAUGCAGUUUACUUCUUGCUUUUGACUGUCACUUUGCUUAUAUUCAACUGCAUGGCUGGCUGACUGAAGUGUUACUGAGCAGCGCCCCAAAGCAUUGAUCACAUCAGCAUGUCAUUAAAAUAUGCUGAUUAAAAACACCAAAAGGAUAGAGAAGAGAAAAUACAGUCAUUCUGGUGCUAGUAGUAGGCUGGAUUUCUAGUACUGUGUUUAAAGAUCACAGGAAGCUAAUUUGCUGCUCCUGUCUUUGUAAGACUAAGCACACAGUUUUGUGCACUGGCAGGUUACUCUAGCACUUUUAAUUCUAUUUCUCUGUUGAGCAUAGCACAGAAGAGAUUGCAGAUGGUCAAGGUAAAUUCCAUUUACCAAGUAAUAACCUAUAAUACUAGGGCUAGGGCUAUAUUGCCUCUUUGCCAGACCUACCUCCCCACUCCAGCAUACAUACACUACACAUACACAUCAAACAGAUAUUGUUCUGUUCCGUUAAAUCAGACAGAGAACAUAACCUCUGACAUGCUGACUGGGGUGACAGAUAACCACCAUGUUACACAACAGCAUUUGUUUGUAAUGGCCAAAUCUAAAGUGAUUUGCUUAGAGGCAUGCUAAAGCCUCUACUGGAUUCACUUCUUGAUCAUGAAGAACAGCAACAGCUGGGCUUUUCUGUGUAUGAGGUUGUGUGUUUUCAUGAUUUAGAACUACAGGCAAGGGGAGAGCUAUAAAGUUACAAAAUCCUCUCAACAGUUGUACUAAAAGCAAGACUGAAGUGUGCUUUGACCUGAAGUCUGGGGGAGAGCAACUCUCCAGUGUGGACAUGAAGGAAAUCUUCACUUGCUCAGUCCUCAUCGUGAGAUGGACAGCAAAUAUGCACAAGAGUAUGAAAGACGUGGGAGUUUUGAAAUGCUUUGUACUAGCUUCCAUUUUUAGUUAAAUUUGUGUUAAAACCAUAAUACAGUGGGAUUAUUCCACAUUUAAUUGACAAAAAAGUCAUGUGUCACCUUUUCUGGUUUUCUCUAUGAUAAAUCAAGAGAGAUUUGUUUUUAGAGGGAAUGGUAAAAACAAAACCACUAAAGGCAUACUUUAAAAAAAAAAAAAAGCUUUUUGAAGUUACUUCUUCCUUAAGUACAGGCUCACAGGAAAGUAAUAGCUGAAAGCCUCAGCCCUCUGCUCAUGCCAGAGAAUGUUUUUUAACCUGCGUUUUUGCUUUUUGAAUAUAUUUAUAAAAAUUACUUUGGUUCUGUAUUAAUGACCAUUUAUAAUAAAAGAUGUCAAAUGCU